AUGUCUACGAACGGACGACGGAAUCUUUGGCAACGCUUUGUUCUAGGUAACGAGCUGAGCCUGAGUCCAUUUGAGCGUCUCCAGCAGCAGAUGGAGGACAUCCUGGGGAACGGAGGGGUCCUGAAAGAGCUGAUCUACCCCGGAGACGGGCCCCCUGUGCCCCAAAGUGCUUCAGUUUUGAUGCAUUACUCGGGCUUCCUGGAAUACUCGGAGCGGCCGUUUGAGACGACGUCUCACCUCAAGCAUCCCCGCCUCGUGAAGCUAGGCAGAGACGUGUGGCUGUCGGGGAUGGAGGUGGCCCUGCUGAGCAUGCGCAAAGGCGAGUUCUCCCGCUUCCUGCUGCAGCCGCGCUACGCCUACGGAGAUAUGGGCUGCCCGCCGCUCAUCCCCACCGCUGCCCGCGUCUUGUUCGAGAUCCAGAUCCUGGACUUCUAUGACUUGGGAGGAGUGGAGGAAUUGGUCCAAAUGACUGUGGAGGAGCAGAACCAGUUUCCCUUUUCCAAAGUGAUGGAAGCGGCCGACACGCUUCGUACCUGCGGCAACAGAUGCUUCAAGCAGAGUCGCUUUGAAAAAGCCAAAGAGCACUACAAGCAGGCGUCGGUGUUGCUGGGCAACAGGGCGAACGUGAGCGACGGCGAGCGGGCGGAGAUCCGGGCGGCGCUGCUACCGCUUUAUCUGAAUCUGUCGUUGGCGGCCCUGCGCCUGGACGCCCCGCAGAAAGCUCUCAAGUACGCCAACAGGGCUUUGGCCAUGGACGGCGGCGACGCCAAGGCGCUGUACCGCUGCGCGCAGGCAUAUGCGGAGCUACGCCAGUACGGGAGCGCCCACGCCUGCCUCGUCAAGGCCCGGACCAGGAGGCCUUUGGAUAGUGACGUCAACAGCCUCCUCAAGACAAUCACCGUGCGCUGCAAACAGAGCUUGGACAAAGAGAAACAAUUGUACACCAAGAUGUUCCCGGGCUUUGAGAGCCAGCAAAAGAUGUCCUCUUUUUUGGAGUAGCCGUAAUAUUUUGGGCCCUCCCGUUCCUGUCGUCCGUCUUUCACAUCACGUUGGUGAAAAUGGGCAAGUGAGGAGCCUGCGCGGGAUCCGACUCAAAGGGUCUUCUUCUAAACUUUGAUGUUCUCCACGAGAUAUUCCCCCGCACAAGUGCAUUGUUAAUCUGCCACCUCACGUUGAAAGUUACAAAGGUGUUGGUUUUUUUUCCCCUCCUAUGUUAAAUACACCGAGUUGAAUGAGGG